UAUUGAUUCGAUCGCGUCGUUCUUGCCCGCGGCGAUAAGUACGAAAUUAUGGAAUCUCCGGGAAACGAAAGUUCUUGCGACUCGUACUCGACCGCCUGUGACCGGAAUUCAGCUGGCGGCACUCGGCACAUCGUUUUCAACGUCCUUCUACUGCAGUAUUUCUGGAACCAUGCUCCAUGGAACACCGGAAUCCUGCGAAGGAAAACAGUACUUUUUUAUUUGGCGAAUAACUUUGGAUAUAAGUCGAUGAGAGGCAGCGUCACCGGACCACAAAGUCGAGAUAAAUAUGUUCUGGAUGAUCAAAUAACCGUUGGACAUUCGAAGAUGAAUUGGCCACUGGUACUGACUUGUUUUUUGCUGCCACAAUCGUGCAUUCUCGGUGCAUCGCGUGGCUGUACUUUCCCGGAGGAGUGGUACGGUCGGUGGUUCCAGUCGGGGAUUACGGACCUGGUGACCGUCAACGGCUCCGAAAUCACCAGCAAGGGCUUCUGCAUCGAGAAAAACGGCGACAAGUUCCUCGUUCACGACACGAAAUAUAGAUGUUACCGGUGCAUUGUGAUGCAUGCGCAACAUGCCAACGUUCUGCAGUAUAAAGAAACUUAUUGCACGAGCGAUUCACCGGAACCGAGUCUGCUGACCCAAUGCGGCACGUUGACCAGCGACGCCACUCUAAUCUCUCUGUUUCGCUCCAAUGCAGCGCCGCUGCCCUGCCCCAUUAAGGGUCCCUUGGAGUUCACGUACAGCCAGGGCGAGGGCGAGUGCAAUUCGCCGCAGUCACGGGCGGAAGCGUGCACGCAGGACUCGCGUCUGCUCCUGCGCUACCAGGCGUGCGCCAACGUUCAUUCAUCCGAAAGCGUGGGUCAAAAAAUAUCAUGCACAUGUGCAAAAUUUGCGUUGCGGAGGGAAACCUCGGCGACGAAACGAGGAAUCUUCUUUCCACAGCCAUCUUUUUAUGUUACAGAAAAGCCACCGGAGCAUUGCACGUAUCCGUCCUGGGUGGUGGCCGGUAAAUCGUGGGUGGCUUUGGAUCGAAUGGCUUCCCGACUCCUGGCGUCGCCUUACAAUCUCACAAUCCUCGACCGAAACGAAACCCGCCUUGUUUGCCAUUCAGUUGUUUCCAUUGAUGAGCAUCGCUAUCACCAUUCCAUGCCGAUCGAUAAGGAGAAUCAGAAGCAGUUCGUCGCGAAAGCAACGCGGGAUUGCAAGAACGGAUACGUAUGCGUCAUGUUCCACAAGAGGGACGAGCACGUAAUAGAGAUGCAACUGUCGGAAUGGGGCCAGCAGCCCGACGACAUAUGCAACUCGAGCACGUUCAACUCGCACACGAUGCCGUACACGACGUUCAUCACAUCCGACCCGAUGACCAGGCAAUGUCCCAAUCUCGGUCGCUACGAGAUUGUGUCGUUGUUUCGGCCACCGAACGCCGACAACGUCGAAAACGUAUUGACCGUCGAUGGCGAGCAGAACGUUGCUAACGCAGCGGAGGUGCACGACGUGAGAGUGCCCUCGACAGCAUUCCCAAGCCAGUGCCACCACGGUAGUGUACGUAGAUUGGACAUCGGUUGCAGGACACCCGAUCGUAUGGAGUUCGCCACGUCUUGCAGCGACGAGGCGUUAUCCGAGUACUUAUGCCACGGAACUUGGGUGGAGAACGACACUGCUUACUUGGUGGCCAGCACUGACGUUGGACGUUACUGCCUCGUUUACAGCGCGUCCGCCGCGACGACAGGAAGUCGUGAACUCUCGGUGACGGGCCAUCUCGCUUCCUGUCCGAGGGCCUCUCAUCGCCACCCAGUCUCGUGGCAGGUGAACCUCACGUCGUACGCUCAAUGCGGCGACGUCUCGUCGGGGACCAUGUGGGUGCUUCGGAUGCCGAUAUCUCUCCUCCACAUCCUCUUCGGCACCCUCCUCGCCAGAUACAUCGCGAGGUGAUGCCACUGAGCCGGGACGCGCCACACACCGGUGGCUAUAUAGUUGAAAGGACAAAGACUUUUAUUGCGAAAUAAUUGCAUUUGUGGUGAUUAUAUAUGACGUACGGUGCGGUAAACUAAUAAUCAAUCUUAGGACAUAAGUGAGCGCUAGCGCGUGCGUCGUGAUGCAGGGAUGGGUGAAGUGAUUAAGAAAAAAAAAAAAUAAAAAAUAAAAGAGACAAGUCGGAAACGGGUAAGGUAUAUAUACAUAUAGAGAUGCAUGUGUCAGCCCCGCGAAUGUGGCAGAGUCGCGGAAGCGAGGCUUUCCGAAUGUACAUAAAAAUCGACGCCUCCACGAAACACGCUGUUUCUUCGCACGUUGUUCUAUGAGAGAUCGAUCGAAAUAAAGAUACUAUGGGAAAAUGAGUAAUCUUAACUAUUGCAAAAAAAAAAAAUAGAAAUAUGAUGCGUAUACCUAUAUGCGAUUAUAUAAUCACAUUUAAGGACGUUUCAUUAAUGCUGUUGUUAAAAUAACGAUAUCUUCUUAUGAAGUUGUAAUAAUAAAAGUAAAAAAAAA